UAAAGAGAACUUAGUUCGUGGUUGCAAGUUUGGUGGUUGUUCACUCAUAUUGUGAACAUUUUGUAGUCAAUCGAAGGACAAAAGUUGCGUGCUUUACAAUUGAGAUUUAUAAGAUUAUUUUUUUUCUCUGCAAUAUAAAGAAGACUGAGGAACACAAAGUGUUAAUUAAGAUCGGGGAAUUACGUUAAUAAUAUUUAUUUACUUUUUAUUGAAAAAGUUUUCAACCUCAAGAUGGCUACAGCAGAAUCACUUGCAGAAGUUACGGAUGUAGUUCAAAUUUUGAGACAAUGGGAAGAGGAGCAUGUUUCCUCAACUUACGAUCCAAUUCCAACUUUACAAAGACUAGCUGAAAUCAUUGAACUUGAAACAGAAAAUUAUUUAAAAAUGGAUCCUGAUCCGUUUGAUGAAAGACAUCCGUCACGAACUGAUCCCGAAUGUAAUUUUGGUCACAUCUUGAAAGUACUUUUCCGAAAAGAAAAUUUUAUGACAAAGUUAAUCAACGAUUACCUUCGAGAUACUUUUUGGAUGCGAUCAGGCAUUGCUGGACGAGAUGUGAGAAAAUUAAACACCGCAGCAUGUCGUUUGAUGUUGGAUAUUCUACCUGGCCUCGAAACAUCAGCAGUAUUUCAACCCGAUAUGGAAGGUUUAAUUCAAAGACUUUUUUCUUGGGCUGAAAAAAGUGUCGAACCACUUCAAAGCUAUGCAACUGGUUUAUUGGCCGCAGCAAUGGAAGUCCAGGACAUUGCAACAGGAUUUCGAGAGCAAAAUGGUAAAAUGGUGCCAUUAAUGUUGCAGAGACUUCACAAAUUACAGGAUAAAGCCACUGAAGGAAGGCAAGCGUGUGCAACCACACGACCUUUUGCUCAUUUCGGACAAAAUCGAAAUAUUCUGCAUGAUUUCGAGCACAAAGGCGUUCCAGGAAAGCGAAAAGUCAAGAACAAGUAUCGAGAAAAUGGAGUUGUUAAUUCUUCAGAAAAUGUUUCGGCAUCGCAUGAAAAUACUUGUGAAGAUUAUGAAGAAGAGAGUGGUCAAAGUUCCGACGAAAUUCCCCCCAGUAAAAGAUUGAAAAAUAAUGAUGAACCAUCGACUCCGUUAAAAACACUCGACAAUUCUUAUCCGGAAAUAAUGUCGCCUCCCUUAUCGAUUCCAAAAGCUAACAAUUUUUCAAAUUCCCAAGUAACACCUGUAAAAGGACAGAACAAUCUUUCUACUCCACCUAGACCCAGUAGCGCGACAACUGCAGCGAGAUGCAAUUUAUCUAGAUCGUUAAAUGUUAGUACUACACCAAGUAGUGUUGUGGAAGGAAAUUCAAAUUCAUCCUGGGCGGAAAUGGAGUCUUAUGUGAUUGGGAAUAUACAAAUUCACCCUCCAACGCUUGCUACGAGGCAAAUGCUAAUUCUUAGGUAUUUGACACCAAUGGGAGAGUAUCAAGAAUUUUUAGGCCAUGUUUUCGAGCAGAAUGCUUUAGAAUUAAUUCUCAAGUACAUUAAUGUUCGGGAAACUAAAGACAGUCGUUUGGCUUUCGAAGCGCUAAAAUAUCUCGCCUCUCUUUUAUGUCAUAAAAAGUUUUCCAUCGAAUUUUUGAAUAUGGGUGGUUUGCAAAAAUUGUUAGAUGUUCCGAGACCUAGUGUUGCUGCCACUGGUGUUUCGAUAUGUCUGUAUUAUCUUGCAUAUUGUGAGGAUGCGAUGGAGCGUGUUUGUCUCUUGCCGAAACACGUUAUUUCGGAUCUUGUCACAUAUGCACUUUGGUUGCUUGAAAGAAGCCAUGAUUCCGGAAGAUGUCAUGCAACAAUGUUUUUCGGUUUUUCUUUUCCAUUUAAGGUCAUUUUGGAGGAAUUCGACGCUCAAGAUGGCCUUAGAAAACUAUUUAAUGUGAUAUCAACGUUACCGAUUCUAAACGUCGAGGAAGAGCCUUCUCUGAAUGACGAUGAAGAAUGUGCUUCUAGACAAAUUGUCAGACACGUCGCUGUCGCUUUGAAAAGAUAUAUGGAGGCACAUUUGUAUUUAAAAGCAGAACAGUUGCAAAGAGCGGAGAAUGCUAGAACUGAACGCGAUACUUGGCAGCCUUCUAUUCCUCCAUAUAAGGCGUGUAAAUUGAGCAGCGAAGAAGUGCAAGCGAAAGUAGAAAUUCUACAAGAAUUAAUGUCUUUGAGAACAUUAUGGUUUCCAGUGGAAGAACUUUAUCGUCUCGGUGGAAUUACUCUUCUUCUCCAAAUAAUUGCUUUUGCUCGUGAAUGGAAUUACAGUGGAAGAGUUCACGCCACGUCUAGUGCAGAAACUGUUCGUUCUUGUUUGGAUGUUAUUGCAAUUUGUUCUGUUGUACCAAAAGUUAUGUCAUUACUUUGCGAAAGAGUUGACAUGCCGGACAUGUCCAUGACAAUGGCAAUUAAUUUAUUAUUGGCCGCUGCAGAAUGCGAAAUCAUUGCAGAUCCCGAUGUUCAAAGAGCUGCGCUUCGAGCUGUUGUAAAUUGUGUUUGUGCACCGAUUAAUAGGGUGGGCGGAAACGUUGCUAGGUUUUCAGUAACAGGGUCAGCAAAAAAGAAGACCAAUCUUCAUAAUAGUGAGGAAUUAAUACAAAAAGUGUGGGAAAGUGUGAGAUCAAACAAUGGCAUAAUGGUUUUAUUACAAUUAAUGAUGGUGAAAACUCCAAUCACGGACGCAGACAGUAUUCGUGCUCUCGCAUGUCGAGCACUUGCUGGACUCGCAAGGAGUGAAAAAGUCAGACAAAUUAUCAGUAAAUUGCCAAUGGUUACUGAUAAUUUAAUUCAGGCUCUCAUGAAGGAUCCAAUACUUCAAGAGAAAAGACAGGAGCACGUUAUGUUUCAAAAAUAUGCUUUGGAAUUGAUGGAGAGAGUUUCUGGUAAAGCAAAGCCAACUGGGGCUGAAUACGAAAUUUCACUAGUCAGUCUACACCGAGCAAACGUUGUUGCGCAAACGAGAAUACAAUAUAAUGAACAACAGUUAUAUCAACUUAUGUAUCAGCAUUUUGUUUCGAAAGGCUUAAUGGAAACGGCCAAUUCACUUCUGCGAGAAGCGAGUUUAGAUUCUCCUGCUGCUUUGAAAGCUGUUACAUCAUAUCAACCUUUUCAUUAUAGAAGUCCUGCGCCGGCAGGGCCAAGGGUUGGUUUUUCACCAGGCGCACCUGCGAAUCUCUACAAUACAAAUAGAUGUGGUGCUCGAGAAACAACACCAAGAACAAAUGUGACUCCCACUUCUGGUCCUUCCCGAUUUAUUAACGUCUGCUCGAAUGCUUCACCUUCGCCAAAUCCAAUUCGCAUAAAACUUGCAGAUUCUCUGAGUCAGAGUCCUGCAGCAAAUAAUCUUAGUCAACCGAUAAAACUUCAAAUUAAUCAAAAAAAAUCCAUUCAAAGCGAGAAACAACCGUUGUCGACAGCUCUAACGAAUUCUCAGUUCUCCUCGCAAUUGCAGGCGAAUUCUUGUCGAUCUUUGCAAAAACAGAUAUCACGAGAUCCUGGCGGAGGUGGUCCAGGAGUUGCGACGUCAAAUAUGGCCACUGUUACUUUAGAUUCUAUUAUUACGGAAUAUUUAACAAAUCAACACGCUCUGUGCAAAAAUCCUAUGGUCACGUGUCCUCAAUUUAAUCUUUUUGAACCUCACAAAUGUCCUGAUCCUUGUACAAAAAAUUCAACACCAUUGAACGUGUCAAUGCGAUUAUCAAGACGACCUUUAGGCGUAGAUGGAAGACGAUUGGAUAGAAGACAUAUUUACAGUCGUUUUUGUCCUGUUAAAACUUUCCGACCGAAUGAUCCUGAAGGAACCUUCACUUGCUGCACGUUUUCGCCAUGUCAAGAAUAUCUUGUGCUUGGAAAUUACGCCGGAGAAGUGAAAAUGUUUAAUGCUCACACAGGAACUGAAGAAGGAACAUAUCAAUGUCAUGAAUCUUACAUUUAUCACAUAGAAUGCAAUAAAAAAGGAAAUCUCUUAUUAACUUCGACCGCAUGGCGAACACCAAUGUCUGCUCUUUGGAGUUUUGGGACAUUUUUCGAUAUGAAAUUAUCUCUUGAUCACGAGGAUUUCGUAGAGUUUGGAAAACUCCAGGAUAGGAUAAUUGGAACUCAAGGCGAAGUCGCAACGAUAUAUGACAUAACUACCGGAAAAUUAUUGACAACCUUAACACCUUCUAUAUCGAAUCAAUAUACCAAAAAUCGAGCCACAUUUAGUAUGAAUGACGAAUUAGUUCUAAAUGAUGGAAUAUUAUGGGAUGUGAAUUCGGGAAAGGAAAUUCACAAGUUUGACAAAUUGAACCAAACGUUAAAUGGCGUUUUCCAUCCGAACGGAACUGAAGUUGUGUCGAAUACAGAAGUAUGGGAUUUGAGAACGUUCCAUUUAUUAAAAACAGUUCCGGCUCUUGAUCAAAUGGAAAUUAUAUUUUCUCCAGUGAAUAGUAUCAUUUAUGCAGUUUCUAUGGAUCAGGAAAAUGAUGAUGAAUCCCAUUAUACAACUUCCUUUAAAACAUUAGAUGCUUUAGAUUACAGUAGUAUUGCAACCUACGAUGUAAAGAGAGGCAUUUUUGGAUUGGCCUGCAAUAAGUUUGAUACGCAAAUUGCAGUAGUUGAAAAUUUGGGAGAAUUUAAUAGCAUACAGGAGUCUUGGGUAAGAUUAUAUGAUGUCGGUAGGAGAAGAGAUGAUGAGGAUGAAGCAGAGGAAGAUGAUGACGAGGAGGAUCUUAAUGAGAGUGAUGAUGAUGGAUCAAACUCGGGUUCAGAUGACAAUAAUGGUGAUGAUCCAGAUAAUGCUGAUCCUGGAAGCGAAGAUAAUAGAGAUGACAACGAACAAAAUGAUGGGGACGAUAACGAUGAAGACGAUGAAAGUGGUGAUGGUGAUGAAUCAGCAGACGACAGCAUUGAAUUUGAUCCAAAUGAGGAUUCAAAUGAUCUCUCGGAUGAUUUUUCCUUCUCAGAUAUGGAUGAUAUAGAAAUAAUGUUCCCCUGAAUAGAACAUUCUCUGGAAUACCGUGGUAUUUUAUUUUUUCAAUCUAGACUCUUGAAGAGUCUCAGAAAAAUUUAUUGCACAAGUAAGCGCUAAUUCUUCUUUUUAUAUAAACGUGUUAAUAUUUAUUGAUUUCAUUCUAUAAGGACUCAAUUUGUUGAGUUUUAACAUUGGAAGACAGGAGUUAAGUCAUGUUAAUAAAUUUUAGAAGAUAGUUUUGUCGUGAUGUUCACGAUUAAAAAUAGGCAAUCAAUAAUUAUAAAAAAAUACAAAAAAAAAACAAAAAAAAAUACGAAGUGAUGCGUUGUUCUGAUAUGUACAAAAUGAGAGGUCUUCACUACACUUUAAAUUAAUUUCAUUAUACGAGAAUGCAUUGCACUACUGAAUAAGGAUUUAAUAAAAAAAAUCUUUACCUAGCCACGAAUUUCAGAUAUUGUUAAGGAAACAAGAAACAAUAAACAGUAGUUACUUUUGAGAUUUUUUUCAAUGAAGAGAGUCGAAUAGGUACAGCAGAAAAAAAUAGAUAGGAUUUUAAAAAUGUUACUUUUCUAUACACGAAAUGAAGAUGCAAUGAAUGCUCUUCUCUUGCGCUCAUCAUAUGUAAAUGAUUUCAACAAAAAUUUUUUCUAUUUUACGUACUUUCAGUAAAGCCAAACUCAACGGAUAACUGAUCUUUAGGUAUUAUUGUGAAAUAUAAUUGGUUAGUGAUCGUGAUUAAAUAAAUAUCUCUAUAAUGUAUAUGAAUAUAAAUAUUAAUAAAUAUUGUAAAAAGUC